AUGACUUGUGCACUUGGUAUGACAAUACCGUUUCUUGGUAAACAAUUCGUACUCAUAUUGCCCAUGGUAGGUAUUACUAUUCAAAUGAUGAUUGCUCUAGCAAUCAUUUAUUUGAAUCUAGAAAUCUACUGGUGGUAUUUAAGUGGUUUUAUAUUAGGUUUAUUGGGUAAUCCGGGUAUUAUAGAUUUUGUCAUUGCUUUGAUUAUUGUCGAUUUAACGACUGUGAAUAAUCGAUCAUUGUGGUUUGUUCGUUUUUAUGCACUAAGAAAUAUAUUGGCAGGAUUAAUAACAUUUUCAAUUUAUUGUUUUGUUCAACAUUAUGGUUAUAUUGGACUAUUUUGGUUUGCACUUAUUUUGCAAUUAAUCUCAAUUGGUGUUAUUAUUCGAUAUUUUGAUUUAACUCUCUAUAAUCAUACGAACAUGAAAAUUAAGAAUCGAUUUAAUCUAAAUCUUGAUAUAUUCAUUAUUUUCUAUGGAAAUCAUCGAACUACUCAACAAAAAAUCGGUGUUUUAUUGACUCUAAUUGCUUAUGGUUUUUAUGCUUUAGCGAAUUCAGUAAUCGCAGCAUUUUUCAUAGCACUUACCACAUAUCCUAUUUGUUGGUCAUCGAUGUUAAUUAAUAUCUAUAAACUAAUAAUGAGUAUAUGUCUUGGAAUUUUCAGUAUUAUUGGUUAUCAUAUAUUAGCUAGAUUGACAAAAGCAAAUGAUAUUCUAAUCUGUGCUAUCAGUAAUGCUUUCUUGCUCAUAACACAUGUUUGGACAGCAUUUGCACAACAUAAUUGGCAAGUAUUUAGCAAUAGUAUAUUCUAUUCGUUUGCUAACUAUCAAAACCCAUUGACUCUAUCGAUAUUAGCAAAAUGGUUGAAACCAACUGAAAUUAAUAUUGCAUUUAUAUUUAUCUUUGUCAUCAAUCAAUUGAUUACAUCAUUUGGUGAUUAUUUUUUCAAAUGGAUCUUUAUGAAUACAACAUAUCAACACAAAAAUAUAAUUCUGUUUGUAUCUGGUGGAUUUGGUCUUAUUACAUUGAUUCUUAGCAUAUGUCUCUAUGUCAUCAAAUAUCGCCUGUCGAAUACAUCAUCAUCAUCAUCAUCAAUAGUUGGUGAAACAACUGCUUUGUUGACGAAUGUUGACAACAACACUCCUGAUUCAUCUGAAUCACAACCGGUUAAUAAUAGUUCACCGGUACCUGUUCGGUUGUUCACUAUUGGAAAUCUAACUUUUAGUGUUACUGUCGGUGCUCCAUCGAAAUUUAAGCAGCGAUUAGCAGCAAAUAUUGAAACAAUUCAAGGAGAGAUUACUACAGAAGACAAUCAAAAUUUAAUCAAUCUUUGA